AUGCAAAAUCCAGGAGGACGUCAGACACAACAAGUUCACACUAACCUGUCUUUGCGGUCUAUCCGCCACAUAGGCUCCUUGCAAGAUAAGGAUGGGCUUCCUGCUAACCGUGUGUCGAAGGUGGUCAAACAUAGAGCAUUGGUUCUGCAAGCAGCCAGCUGUAAACAGUGGCGGGAGACUUGCCUACAAGCAAUGACAAAUGAAGAGCGUCAAGCUCUAGAAGCUCUCAGAGAUCCCCUAACUUUUCCACCUAACAUUGCUGAGGACUCCGAAGAUUUCAAUCUUGGCGACAUCUAG